CAGCAAACGGACAGUUGCCAGUCAACCUUCAACUGCUCUGUCGGACAUUAUAAUUUUUUCCCGUAUCCAUCGAGUAUGUUAAUCGAAGGAGUCGAAGAACAACUUUGGAUUUUUAACGAUAUACCCGCUUAGCAGAUGGUUUUAACGUGACUCUAGUGCUAGUGCUAAUAAUGUUUGACUUGUUAUUGUGAAGUUAUUUGAGUUUUAUUGAUAUUAGUAGUGAAUAAAAAUAUACUAUUAACAUGUCUCAAACGAUGAUACCGCCGCCGCUGCCGCCGAAGACGAAACCUCAUCUUCUACAAGAAUCCGCAUCCGCAACGGUAUUACAGAACGGUACCACUGCAGUAUCGUUUGUAGACGUGUUCAGUACCCAGAAAGAAUCCAAGAAUCAUGUCGUUAAAAUACUUAUCAGUCCGCAAAAUAAUGGUACUACAACAAAAACUUUCGUAAAUUGCAGCGACGAAAAACAAAGUGAAAUAAUUAGUGACACAGAGCCCUGUAUUAGAAUCAAUUUGAAUUCUGAUCUGGCUCAGAAUAACGAUAUGUCGAGAAACUAUUUUUAUUAUAACGGGUACAGUUAUGGGAUGUCGAGUGGACAAGUUUCACCUAGUGAGACAAUGGAUUCCGGUACUUGUAGUGAUGUAGAUGGAACUUCACCUACUGUUGCUGUGAAAAGUAAAAAUGGAGUUUCCGUUACACUUAUUGGUUCGCACAAGAGAGCUCCUAGUUCAAGCAGCGGUGCUGAAGUAGACAGCGAUGAUACCGAAAGCAGCGUCAGUUGCGAUUCCUUAAACUGUGGCAAAAUAUCCCCAAUAAAUCCACCGCCUGCACCCAAAUCGACCCACCUCCCAUCAUCUCUACUUCACGACAUCAGACAACGACUCCCAAAGACCAUCAAUGUAGAAGAAAAAACGUAUGAAGAAAGAAAAAAUGAAAAUGGAGAAGUAAAAGAUGUGAUAAGUACGGAUAUGUUUUACAACUUUCAUAUAAACGAGAAUGUAAACAGUUUAGUAUCGGAAAUCGAUUCAGUGAUAGACACAGAAACGUUCGCGGGAUAUAAAAAUAUUUUAGACGAUGGUUCUACGACUAUACGGAGUGCUAAAGGUACGGUGAGAGGUGUUAAGAAUAGAGUUCGAGCUGGAAUCGCCACCUUUCUGCAGAUAAAUUCAACAACGAAGAAUUAUAAAGAAAAGGAAUUAGGCAAAGUUGUAGUAUAUACGACAACAAUGGGCAUAUUGAGAGAUACCUAUCAAGCCUGCAUGAAAGUUAAGCAGAUUUUAAGGCUUUUGAUGGUGAAAUUUGAAGAACGGGAUGUAUUUAUGAGUUCAGAAUAUCAAGCAGAAAUUCAGGAACGUAUGCGCUGCAAUCAGAUACUUGUUCCGCAAGUAUUCGUUGAUGGAGUUCACAUAGGUGAUGCUGAAACAAUUGAAAGAUUGAACGAGACUGGCGAACUAAGACGGAUACUUAAACCAUACAAAAGUUUCGACGUUUGUUCAACCUGUCAAACUUGCGGAGGCUACAGAUUACUUCCAUGUCAAAUAUGCAAAGGCAGCAAGAAAUCUGUGCAUAGGAAUCACUUCACGGCAGAGUUCGUAGCUCUAAAAUGUAUGAACUGUGACGAAGUAGGUUUAGUGAAAUGUAGAUCAUGCUCAUAAUUUAGGUACUUUUAAUAGGAUUUUUAAUUUACACAGCUCAAUUUUAAAUUUUGUACAGUGUAUCCGUAGUUGUAAGAAUAAAAUAUAUCAAAAAUUAA